ACAUGAAAAACACCUUGAAAUAUAUCUUUAACUAUGGUUGUAUUGAUUAUCUAAUGGCUACUGAUAUAAUAAAAGGAUAGGAAUAAACUAUUAAAACUAAUCUAUCGUCUUUAGGAUGUCUUUAUAUGAAUAAUUAUACAGAGCAAUCCAUUUAAAUAAUAAACAAUGGAUUAAUUGAUAUUAGUUGUUGAAAAGAGA